GUCGUGUCUGUCUGUCUCCGGCCAUUGGUUUGUCCAUGUGUUUGUCACUCGUGUACUUCUCAUGUCCCGCCUGUCUCCGCGUGCCAUGCCAAAUCAGACGCUGAUUUCGCCUGACGCGGUCAGCGGCUUUGACAGCGACCCGUAGUGCGAGAAAUGCUUGUUCCACUCAGGCUUCUGGAGGUCGCUAAGCAACACCUUCUUGGACCUGGUCAUCCUCUUUCGCACCUCCUGCGUCUUCAUCUUCUCCGCCUUCUUGGCUGCGACGGGCGCCGUGGGUGGGCGCUUUGUGGAUGCAGCCUUCUGCUUCUUUGCCUUUGCCUUUGUCUCUGCCGGGGCUGGGGCGGCGGCGGGAGCUGCCUUUGUGGCUGUCUUGAGGAUCAUGUCUCGGAGACCGGCGAGCCAUCUCUUCUGUCCCUUGAUCGAGCACACUUCCUGUGCGGUCUUCAGCCACUGCAUCGCCACCGGCUUGUCCUCAGGGUUGAAUCUGAAGUCGGGCUCUUUGUCAAGGACGUCCUGUAUCUUUUGGAAUACGUCUUGUCUCAGGUAUCUGCCUUUGUCCAUUUUGCCAAUGGGCGCCUUGCUACUAAUCCCCAGCCAUUUGUUGAGGCGGUUCAUGAGCCUCUGGUACUCGUCAGUGUCGCCAAAGAGCUCUGCACACAUACACGUCAACGAUAUGCGUAAGAGAGAGGAACAUUGCCACAGCCCUUGUGUCCAACUCACUCACCCUUGCUCAUGACCUCUCGCAGAUUGUCGUCAUUCAACACGUCCGACCAGAUAUCCAGAGCUUCUUGUUCGUUGUCCUUGUCGAGAGACAUGCUCCUGCUGUGCAUGAGACAUGACUUGCGGACAUUGUAGAUGUAGAUCUCGACCUCGUCAAGCCGCUUCUUGAUGGCUGCAGAAUCGCCAGAAGACGGCAACACGUCGCGCAUAUGGUAAAGGAUAGUAGAGGCAUGCCUGCAGGCAGCGAAGCGUGCAUGGGGUAGAAGAGACGAGCGAAGAGUUUUGAAGGCUGACUCACUCGCCAGCUCUUGCGCCGUCGGGUGCGCCGGUGACGAAGCACGAGGGGCGUUCGAGGUCGUUUCCUGGGGUGUGUUCCGUGUAGGCGAAGUCGAGCAUCUAAAGCGAGCAUACGGUGCAAUAUACCCAUCCACCGGGGACGGAAGGUGGGCCACUACACGUAGUCCUUCCUUACCUGCAGCUCAGCCGGCCGCAAGUGCGUCCAGAAGUAAGACUUCUGCACAAAGUUGAGGUCUCAGGGCACAAGCAUUCGUGUUUUGGUGCAUCUACUGGCUUGUCAGGAUUUUCCACGGUGUAUUCCUUUGACGGGGCGCCUUUUGUGGAGUCGUGCGUUUUCAGCCAGACGUUAUCCCAAUGCGCAUCACAGUGCUCAAUGCCAAGCUCCAGUACCUUCAGGAAGCCGUCUGCUAUGAGAGCCAGCACCCACUCUCCGAAGAGCAUGUUGACGUCCUCUCCGCCCACCUUCACCGUCACCGUUUCCACCAGUAUGUUCCUCAGGCGCUUCUCGUCAUCGAGUAGGUCACUGAUCGGGAUGCUGACCAGCUUCUGCAUGACGAAAAGGUCGACGCCACUGGGAAGGGACUUUUUGCCGGACUCAGUGGGUGUGUAGUAUUUGGGGAUGCUGGGGAUGGUGUUGCGCUUUUUGGGGUCUGAGUACAUCGGACCCCACUCCUUCCACAGCUCACGAUACACUGCAAAGGGACACGCACAAGCCGACAAAUCCAUGUCGAUAUGUGUCUCCCGGCUUCGCAACCGAUCUUGUUGCUAACUCUGCUUUCUGCCAGCCAGGAGACACACAACACAAGACAACACAAUCCAAUACACAUGAUACAAACAAUGCACAGACACGUGACGGUCAGCGUGUGUGCGUGCUGACUCGUGUGCGAAGAAGUGCUCGAAAGAGGGAUCAGGCCUGCACACGCAGAGACGUGUGGCACACUCAUCCCCUCCUCGAACAAAGAGACACUACCUUGGCACUUUGAUGGCAACUGGGAUGUGAGGCCCUUGGGGAAGCGGCGUGUUUUCGAGCUCGUAGAACCCAUCUGCAUUCGCACAACCGUGCUGGUCAUGAAGGAGACAAGCUUCGUGUUCGCCAGCCCACCGUGCCCAAUGAGAGCGAAGAUAGCGAUGCCUUGCUCCCCCUCUUCGCCGCUGGUCUUGAGGAGGUACUUCUGUCCGUCGGCCUCGAUGCUGCCGUCUUGACCACUGUACUUAAUGGCUUUUCGAUUCUGCCCUUUCCAGAAUGCCACGAUCUCCUCGUUGCUGGGCUUGGUGUGAUCCGCCUGCAGACAGACAGACGGACAGACAGACAGAGACAAAUGCGAGUGACUGGCAGCAUGCCUACGUCGUGGUCUCUCAGCAUACCUUCUCGAACUCGCAAUAGACAACGUCAGCGCUGCAGACCUAUUGUGAAGCCACGAGCAGAGGAGCAUCACAAGCAUCUGAGUAAGCAGUCCAGCUGUCUGUCUGAUACCUUUUGGAUCAUCCUGAUCUCCUUGUAAUCAAAGGCCGGCGGCUCAGAUGACUCCGGAUCCGUCACAUUCAGCUGCGGGAAUCUCAUGCUGACGGCCUCCACUGCAAGGUGCCUGCCCCUCAUGGCGGAUGAGUGGACGCUGACACACAGCAGCUAGCAGAGGAUAGAGGCGACAGCCGCCACACGCAUCAUGAGCACUUGCGCCAUUGAUGUCGUCCAGAUUUCGCCAGAUUAACUCAAAGAAUGCCCUUCGUGCUGUAAUGAGGAUGCUCUGUGGGAGGAGAC